AUGUCCAAUCAACGAAGCAGUCAGGCUCCUAAAGUCGCCAAAGUACGUCAGUCUUGUGAUACAUGUCAAGCAUCCAAGAUACGCUGCGGUCAGGAACGCCCAAGUUGCCGGCGUUGUGCCAAAUACAACAUUACUUGUGUCUAUAGUGUGUCCCGCCGUGCGGGACGACCCCGACCCAAGAGGACCGCCACAAACCCCUCCACACCGACCCAAAAUUCUUCAUCAACCCAAUCACAAUCGCCAUCAAACCCGCAGAGAACGCUCCCGACACCAGAUGGAACCUCGCCAACGCAUCGUGGAUGUGAGCCUACUUUGACUCUGCCAAGCCAGGAUGGCACGCAACCAGAUACACUGCAGGACCAGAGUGAGUCGAAGAAAGAUGAUGAACAAGAUUGGCAGAACAGUAUGUGUUUGGAGAGGGACCAGGAUGGAUUCGAGAUAGGGCUCGCCCAAGAUGACGAUAUCGGCAACAAUGACUACAGCAACAGUAGUAAUUGCAUUAGUAGUGGAAGCAGCAGCAGCAGUAUAACGAGCACAACCGGUACAACAACCUGUAUAAGCAGUAGCAUUAGCAAGGACUUUAAUCCUAGCGCUGAAGACACCACGCUAGACCUGACCCAUAACCACUGCCACGACACGCACUUCUCGCCUGACCUGUCAUCAAACCAGACCGUGGACUUUUUCAGCCAUGUAGAUGGGACACAAUUCUCCACCUUCUUCCUUUCCAGCACUGACCUGGGUACCCAGCUGGACAGCCACCAAUCCAUGGAUUUUGGCAGCCUCGUCAGUCCCCUCGCAGACGGCAUGGCGAAUCUCCCCCUAGACUCGCCUUUUGCACUGGGAAUAUCUGAAGCUAACGAUACAACUGCCACUGCCGCUACUACCAAUCUUAGCAGUAUUAGUACUACUAUGACCAUGACUGCCACUGCCCCAGUAGCCCCCAACAUGGUACCCGCAUCGUGCCAAUGCGCACCUAUGCUACUACAACAUCUCGGCGAGGUAGCGAAUAGCAACACGCUAGUAGCAGCGGGAAAUAGUGGACAUGGUGAGGAAGGCUUUUUAGCUAGCGCAGUGCAGCGCUCGCGGGUGCUCCUGGAUCACUGCUUCAUAGUGCUGUCAUGCGGGCUGUGCAGCCGACGCAUGUCGUCGACGCUAGUACUGUGCCAAGCUAUGGACGAACUGAGUGUGUCGUUGGGUAUGGGCACGCUGUGGACGGAUGGGGGUUGCAGCAAUAACAACGGUGGCGGCAGCACGUCAGCGUAUGAGCAGGAUAGAUUGCCCUUGAUCAGCAAUUUGGCAAAGGAUGAGGUGCGGCUGCGCUGUGGAAGCUAUGCAGUCCGAGGCGUGGAUCGCCAGGUUUUGCUGAGGACACUGAUGAUGGGCCGCCUUAGGGAAAUGCAGCAGGCCAUGGGGAGAUUGUGCCAGGCAGUUGAGACAUUGUCGUCGCCGUAUCGUGCUGCGUGCGCGCGCAUGGCGGUUGAACUUGAAAAGAGAGUCAGGUCAAAAGUGGAUUCGUUUCGAGCGACAGCAACACAGUAG